UCAUACUGUGUGUAGCUUCUCAUUACUGUUAGCAAAAUAGCUUUUCCAACCGGAUGACUUCCUAAGAUGAUUUUAGUUACACAGGAAAAAAGAUUGGGAGCCGUGUUUAGUAUUUUGUUAUGUAUAGAUACAUAAAGAGCUCUCAGAGAUUCUGAUAGUUUUCGCUUUUCUGGAACUCGGUGCUGGAAAGAUGAACGGACUGUCGGUCAGCGAGCUGUGCGGCCUUUUCUGCUGCCCUCCUUGCCCGAGUCGGAUUGCAGCGAAACUGGCCUUUCUACCCCCAGAGCCCACCUACACUUUACUGCCUGAACUGGACUCUCCCCCACCCAUAACGUCAAACCAGAGCGCCUCGGGCUUGCGUUCUCGGCUGGGUCGGAGAGGAGGAGGAGGAGACCGAGCUGGAGAGGGCAGGUGGAAGCUCCAUCUGUCAGAGCGAGCGGAGUUCCAGUACUCCCAAAGAGAGUUGGACAGGACUGAAGUCUUCCUGACUCGCUCUAGUCGUGGGAACAAAGUGGGAUGCAUGUACAUCCGCUGUGCCCCCGCGGCCAGGUACACGGUGCUGUUCUCCCAUGGGAAUGCUGUGGAUCUGGGCCAGAUGAGUAGUUUCUACAUUGGCCUGGGCACACGCAUCAACUGCAACAUCUUCUCCUACGACUACUCGGGAUAUGGGGCCAGUACGGGGAAGCCGUCCGAGAAGAACCUCUACGCUGAUAUAGACGCUGCCUGGCAUGCACUGCGCACCAGAUAUGGGAUCAGUCCUGAGAACAUCAUCCUUUACGGUCAGAGUAUCGGCACGGUGCCCACGGUGGACCUUGCGUCGCGGUACGAGUGUGCUGCCGUCGUCCUGCACUCCCCCCUCACCUCGGGGAUGAGAGUGGCCUUCCCCGACACCAAGAAGACCUACUGCUUUGAUGCCUUUCCAAACAUCGAGAAGGUGUCAAAGAUCACGUCUCCAGUCCUGAUCAUCCACGGCACCGAGGACGAGGUGAUCGAUUUCUCCCACGGCCUCGCCCUGUUCGAGCGCUGCCCCAAGGCCGUGGAGCCGCUGUGGGUGGAAGGAGCCGGCCACAACGACAUCGAGCUCUACAGCCAGUACCUGGAACGCCUGCGCCGCUUCAUCGGCCAGGAACUGACCGCCCAGUACGCCUGAAAACCCAGCAGUUCGAAGCUGAAACGAACACGAACACUCCAGUGUCGACUUGACAGCCUGCUUCAACGUUUUCUACCCUGUAGGCUGGUAAAUAUUCACUCGUAGACCUGGAUGGUUCAACAUCUUGAAGCAGGACCUUGCGGGUCCAGUAUAGCAGGGCAAAAACUGUAUUGUCGUUAUUCCUUCGUCUUAUCGUAUGAUGAUAUUGUUCUUAUUUCUUUUGCUCAAGGCAUCUACAAGGAGACUGCCAUAAGUGCAAUUUCUUCGAUGAGCUCUUGUUUGGAUUUAAUUUUCCGCUCCUUCCUGUAUGAAUGUGCUCUCUGCUGGACAGAUUGGGUGUUUUUUUUUGAGGGGGGUGGGGGUCUGACCUUGUAGAGAACAUUAUAUGGGUCAAGUGUGUAUGUACUGAUUUAUUACAGAAUCUUUAAAAUGCUUUUUGAUCUCAAGUUCUUCUUCUUCUGCCCUUUGUUCAGUUUCAUUUGUCCUUUCUUGAUGCGUUUGGAUCGUUGGACAGCAGCAUCUUGUGUCUGGUGUGUGUUUAAAAGGACGUGAGCUGAGCUAUACACUUUGGCAGCAAGCAAUAUAACUUGGGUUACUGUGAAUAUAACAAUAAGGCAACCGUAAUUAAAAAAAAACCCAGAAGCUCCACCCCGUCACCGAAUUGGAACCACCGGACUGAAAAGAAUGACGUCCGUUUUCCUUUGACACAGUUAAAUUUCAGAUGAACGUAGCUUUCGUCUUUGGUUCUCCACUUAGAUUCCGAGCAACUAGUGGUUUCUGUCUGACCUUUCCAUUUGUCGGUUCCGCUUUCCUCCGACUCUCAUUCACGUCUCAGUUCUUUUUAAAUCUCGUAUCUAUUUCCCGGAACGCUCGUUCUCACGCAGUCUCACUGUGACCUCCAGAUAGCAGUUCCACAAAGUACCAGUCACUACACACACUAACGAUUCCUACAUCGUCUCGGUGCCUCACCGUUUUAAUUCGCGCGUUUUCUUACGAAUGAAGAACGGGUACUCCGGUUCUCUCUUUCUGACAUCGUCGCACUCUUUGCACCUUCUCAAAGUGUCUGUAAAGCGGAGAUGUUCAGAGGGUUUGAAUAUAAACACACGUCGCUAAUUUGUAAGAUUAGCCUUCCUCUUUUCGGUAUUUCUUAUCGCGGACUUUUUUUUAAGUGACGUAUUUAAACAACGACAUUUAACGUUGCUUGCAGUUUAGCUACGCAUUUUAAGAACAUUACAAAGAACUUGCGAAACUAUUUUUCUACGAGUAAGUUUUUGCUCGAGCGCUCAAAUUUUGUCAAAACCGGAGCCGUUCUUAAGGGACCGGACGGUAGUUUUAUUGCAAUUUGGUUGACGUGAAAAGAGAAUAAUUCACCCUGUGCUGAGAUUAUUGCAAGAUGAUUGCAUUUGCCUUUUGAACACGAUCGUCAAAUUUUACAAAAUCAGUUUAAAUUCCGAAGCAUAGCUUGGGUUUUCGUGUCAAAAUGCAAUAACAUCAGAAUUCUACACGAGCUGCAGUCUCAGUGUGAGUACUCGCACCCCCGACACUCCUAACGGCAAUAAACGUCAACUUUAUGAUGCAGAUGUUUGGGGGGGAAAAUUUUUUAGAAACUCUCACAUUUCAAAUGAUUCAUGUAUUAUUCUUUUUUCCAGCUGCAGCCAUGUAUAAGUGUGCAGUCAUGUUUCCGUUGGCGAAAGAAGCAUAAUGAGUUUUUUUUUUUUUUCCUGUGUAUCCUUUUCCUAGCUGAAGAAUGUAUGUGCUGUAAUGUAACUGAUUAAUAAAAGUGAUGAUGACAA